UAUCGUUUUCAUCACUUCAUUUCAGGCGAAUCAACAGUGGAAUACAGACGUUUACAAGAAUUGGAAUUCUUUUCUUUCGUGAGACAAUAGGCGUUUCGAAUAUGAAACUUUGCCAAUACAUUAUUUCCCUGACAUGGGGAAUAUUCGUUAUGCAGGUGACAUCCGUGCACUGUGCCAUGCCCAGCAAGGACUACACUGCAUAUCGAAUAUAUCCAUACUGCAGACCGUCUGAUUACAUGAGAUACCCAUCUAAUGUGAAUGAUGUCGUGGCAAUCGUUAAUGAGGCAAUCAGUCGCAACGUUACAGUAAAAGCAUUCGGAGCCCGUCAUUCCCAUACGGAUAUAAUUUGCACUGAUGGAAUUCCAAUCGACAUGAACAACUUUAAAUCUUGUAUAAUGAAUCCGGACGGUGAAACAGCGUCCUUCGGUUCGGGUGUGACCAUAAAAGAAGCCGGUGAAUUUCUGCUGCAACAUGGUCGAGCUCUCCGAACCACACCAGCUUUUGGAGGCAUUACAAUUGGCGGAGCAAUUGGAACUGGUGCCCAUGGCUCGUCGAUAAAAUACACCUCAUCAAUAUCAUCGCAAGUCGUACGAAUGACUGCCGUGAAUGGACUUGGAGAGAAAGUAGAGAUAGUCGAUCCUGAAGAUCUAAAAUCGUUCAAGGUUCAUCUGGGAUUACUAGGUAUUGUGGUGGAUGUAACCCUGAAAACAGUGCCGUUGUACAAAGUCUUAGCUACUAAUUAUAUUGUGUCUGACGAAAUUCUUACUAAUGGUAAAGCAUUGGAGUGGGCUAAGACGACGGAUCAAAUAACGUUUUAUUGGUUUCCUGCGUUCAAAGAAGUGGUCGUAGCUAACUUAACAUUCGUUUCUGUUGACGAAACCGGCAAUGCUUACACUAAUGCUAUCUCACCCCCAACGUAUGGAUAUUUUAAUCUCGGCGGAACUAAAGCGAAAGAAAUUGCUUUCGAUUUGUCUACCAGCGAAUGUGCAUUAGCGUCAGGAGUUGGUAACACCAUUUUACACGCAUUUGAAAUCGCGGCACAAUCGUCACUUGUGCGAGACACACCUGGCUUCGUACCCAUUUAUACAGAGGAUGGUAUUACCGUUGAAAAUCCUGCAGUAGGCUUUCCACACUCAAUGUUUGCCGCAUCUUGUAGUGAAGCAAAUGCAGGACUCGGAGGACCAUCUUGUUUCUGGGCACAUGGAGACAUAAAUUCAAACAUAACAAUUGUAGACAAUGAAUUUUGCAUAGAUAUCAACAGUCUUAGCGACUUCGUCGAAACUACGCAGGACAUUAUGAAGACAACUCCGGUUGCAUUCCCACUGACCGGCAUCUUCAUAAGAUUUAGUGGUGAAUCUGAUGCGUACAUGGCAACGAAUUUCGGAAGGGAUACUGCGCAUGUCGAAUUCGCAAUGUGGAAGCGAACAGACAGUUACAAUAAGGCAUCUGGCAAUUUGGCCGGAUAUCAAUUGCUCGCGCAGGCUUUGGCGAAGAAAUUUAAAGGGAGAUCUCACUGGGGUAAAAGUGGACUCGUUUAUCAUGGUAGAGAAAUGCUGGAUAUUAAAUUGGAAACUGAGGCACGUGACAGUUUUAUUGCUUCCAUGAAGAAAUUUGACCCCAACGAAAGAUUCAUGAACAGUUUUGGUCGUCGUAUCGUUAAAAGAGACACUAAAAUCGAUUCGGACCCCAAAUCGACUCGUUGUGCGCUGUUAGACAACUGUUUUUGCUCUCAAAAUAAAGACUGUAUCAGCACCCAGACCUGCACUAAGCUUUCCGGCUAUCCAGACUAUCCAGUUUGCAAAACGAAAAACGAGGUACCAGAAGUACAUUUGGACAAAAGUGCAUUCCCUCCACCAGCUGGCAUAUUUAAUUGGUUGGUCGUAUCUGUUCCCAAUUUGGUCAUACCUGUACUUGCUCAAUGUCCACCCACUGGUUUACUCAACACUGUCCCGAACUUGGUCGGGUCCAUACUUGGAUAAUUUUUUGAUUUAUACAAGAAAAUAAAUGUCGGUAGCCUUUCGGUGUGAUAAAGGCCUAUGA